AAAACCCUAGAGAGUGUCAUAGAAACCCUUAUAAAUGCCCUUCAAAACCCUCCCUUAUUCCGCCUCUUUCAUUCUCACUCUUCUUUCUCCAUUACCAUCUUUAAAGCCCUAGCCUUCUUUCUCUUGCCCUUCAUAUCAUCCAUGGAAUUCUGGGGUGUUGAAGUUAAGGCUGGGGAGCCUCUCAAAGUAACACCUGAACUUGACAGAAUCAUACAUCUCUCACAGGCUGCUCUAGGCGAGUCAAAGAAAGAAAAAGGAAAUGAAUCAGUGCCUCUUUUUCUAAAGAUUGAUGAUAAGAAGAUUGUAUUGGGGACUCUUUCUCCUGAAAAGAUCCCUCAAUUGUCCUUUGAUUUGGUUUUUGAAAGAGAGGUUGAGCUAUCUCACAACUGGAAAAGUGGGAGUGUUUACUUCUGCGGUUAUCAAACUCCUUUGCCAGAAGAAGAAGAUGAUUUUUCUGAUGAGGAUUCAGAAGAUGAAGAGCCCUUUCCAUUAAUCAAUGCAGACAAUGGAAGUGUUCAGCUUCAAGUUGAGAAUGCUAAACCUUCCAAGGGGAAGUCUACUGACGCCAAGCCUGAUGCUUCUGCAAAACAAAAGGCUAAGCCUGUAGAGCCUAGCAAAGAAGCAAAAGCUGAGGAUGAUUCUGAUGAUGAUGAUUCUGAUGAGGAUGAUGAUGAGGACGAUUCUGAUGAUGAGGAGGGUGAUUCUGAUGAGGAAAUGUCUGUAGAUUCAGAGAAAGAAAAUGAUUCUGAUAGUGAAUAUGAGGAGACUCCAAAGAAGCCUGAGAAAGGCAAGAAGAGGUCCAAUGAUUCAGCAACAAAGACUCCUGUGCCCGCAAAGAAGAUAAAAUCAGAUACUCCUCAAAAGACAGAUGGUAAGAAGGGUGGGCAUACUGCAACUCCGCAUCCAGCCAAGGGUAAAGCUGCUGCAAAUGGAAGCAACGCCAAGGCACAGACCCCAAAAUCAGGUGGCCAGUUUGCUUGCAAAACCUGUGACAGGUCAUUUGGCUCGGAUGCUGCUCUGCAGUCUCACUCAAAGGCCAAACAUGGUGGCAAGUAGAUGGGAGUUAAGUUUUGGAUGAGAGAUCUCGAGAGAGAACCUAAUUACAAGAUUUUGUUAGGCAUGGCAUAGGAAAUGAGAUGUUUAUUAUAGUAGAGUCCUGUAAUGCAGUUACUGUCAUUGGUCUACAAUUUGGUGGAUAUAUGCAUUUUGAGUUAAGUUUUCAUUUACUGCUUCAGUAUUGGUCAUUGUCCAUUGAUGUGUUGUGAUGUUACCUGUUCUAAUAUUCAGAUUAAUAUAUGUUUGCACUAAUUCAGUUGAGUUA